AGAUCACAGAUCAGUCAGUCUGUGCUGAUGGAGGCAGACUGUCCCUCUGAAGAGCAGAAGAGAGGAAACAUGUGAUGUGUUCCCGCACAGAUGGACGAUUACAACUCAAACUGAGAGGGAAGACACGACUGGACUUAUUUCCUGCAGAGACACAAACUCUGAGGACUGGAAACUCUUUGCGUUAAAACAACUUCUGGAAAGUCGUUUUUUUGGGGAGGGAGAGUCGUGUUGAAAGUUUUGAGGAUGUCCGAGCCAGAGAAGAUUGAGGACAUUCCAGAUGAGUCUGCAGGAAAAGGAAAAGGAAUUCCUAACGGAGGGAAUGCUGCAAAAACCAAAGAGGAUUUCGACCUGGCUGCUAUCUAUGUGUCGGACGCUCAAUACAACCGGAACAUUUACUUUGACACGUCGCCUGAAGCUGUGAGAUUGUAUCUGCGCUACAACCACUGGCUCCCUCAGGUGCUCCUCUACUUCUUCAUCCUGCUCGAUCUGUCUCUGGCCGUCUUCGAGGACCCGGCCGUGUUCCCUCUGCCGACAUGGGCCACUAUGCUGGUGGAGCUGCUCUGUCUGCUCGUCUUCACCAUUCGGAUCGUUCACUACGCCAAAGUGAUCCCUCGAGAGAAGUUCUGGAAAGACCCCAAAAACAUCUGCAUCAUCGUCAUCAUCGUGCUGACUCUGGUGGAUAUGAUCAUCUACGGAGCGCUGAAAGCUACAAACUAUUACGGGGUCCGCUGGUCCAGAGUCCUGAGGCCCCUGCUGCUGGUCAACGUCACUGAGGGGCGACAGCUCCGCAGGGCGUUCAGAAGCAUCCGGAACGCUCUGCCUCAGAUCUUCUACGUCUUCCUGCUCUUCAUGUUCAGCCUCCUCAUCUUCUCCCUCAUGGCGCUCAAACUGCUCGGCAAACGAUUGACAGGUAAGGUGGCGUUCGUGCAGCUGGCCGACCUCCUGAACAUCGAGGUGAUCACGCUGAAGUCCAGACCUCACCCGCUCCAGAGUCUGUGUCCCAGCCUCUACCAGUCAGCCCCCAGCCGCCUGCUCCGCAAACUGGUCCAACACCGGGCCUUUGUGAUCGUGUACGACCUGAUCAUCCUGGUGAACGCUGUGUUCAUUGGUCUGGAUGAGAAGAACCCGCUGAUCGCUAACUCUGAGUGGGCCUUUCUGGCUCUCUACCUGCUGGAGAUCCUGCUGAAGCUCUACGUGUUCGAGCCCCGAGCGUUCUUCUCCAAACACAGCUUCUGGAACUGGUUUGACACAAUCAUCGUCAUCUCUGCUCUCAUCGCCACUAUCAUCAACUCCUCCAUGUCAGUGGGCACUUACACCAGCCGUCAGAUCCUGGACAUCGUCUUCAUCCUGCGAGUCCUCAGACUGAUCCGAGUCGUGGACAGCAUCAAAAGGUUUCGUACGAUCAUCAACACCCUGAUCAGGAUCGGACCAGCCAUCCUCACAUUUGGACAGCUGAUCCUUGUGGUGUACUACGUCUUUGCCAUGGUGGGGAUGGAGUUGUUCAAACACAAGGUGAAGUUUUACGAGGACUCCAGCGACCCGGCGAAGGCGUACUGUGGAAACGUUCUGCUGAAAGGAACGGACUUCGCUCAACUCAACUAUUGCAAGAACAACUUCAACAACGUGGUUUCGUCCUUCAUCCUGCUGGUGGAGCUCACUGUGGUCAACCAGUGGCACGUGCUCAGCAGCGGAUUUGCUGCCGUCACCCACGGGUCAGCCAAGCUCUUCUUCGUCUUCUUCCACAUCAUAGUCGUCAUCGUCAUCAUCAAUAUCUUCGUGGCUUUCGUCCUGGAGGCGUUCUUCGUGGAGUACUCGGUGGAUAAGAGCGACCUGCAGACGUCUCUGGAGAAGAAGAUCGAGGAGCUGGAGCUGGCUGUGGCACAGGAGACGCUGGAGGAUAAUUUGGUGAACGCCAUGGAAACCAUCGACAGCGAUCAGGGAACCGGCCAAUCAGCGAACAACAAACCCACCCUGAUGUUUAAAAUCGCUUCAAAAAGAUAUCGGACGGUGGAUGCUUUGCUGCAGCGGAUGUUCGAGUCCGACCUCGACCCCGAAGACUUUGCAGAGAACGACGAUCAGAACGGGAACUUUGCAAACCCGGCAUUCAGCGCUGCGUAGAGACAUUAAUGCUCAAAUACUUAUAAAGGGAAGCAGAUUCUAUGGUUUAUAUACAGUUUUAUACUCAUCUCAAAUGUUUAUCCAGUGUUAUAUUUUUUAUAUUUCUGUACUGUAGCUCUGUGUGGUAAUGCAUAAAAAAUAUUUACACGGA